UAAAUCGCAACGGCAGCAACGACGACGGACGGUAAGUGGUCAUAUGAUGACCACCGCGAUUGGUUCUCGUACUGGAUCUAUCUGUUUAACUGAUAGGAGUAUUGAGUAGCUUAGCUAGGUGGUCAGUUUCAGUAAGUGAACGAUUUCUGCGCAGAGCGGAAUAUGUAGAGACAACCAUGUUUAAGAAUUCGUCAGUAAGGAACUUUCGGCAGUGUUGAAUCGAAUUAUAUCACGCGUUAUAAGUGAUCACCUCUUAUUGCAUUCACCACUCAGCACGAGUUAACCCGGAGAAAAGUGAACAGAAUUCUGUGAACGAUUGCACUGAUUUUCAGUUCAGUUCUUUCGGUAAAGGACGGUACCCAAAGUAUUAAUAAUCAUGAGAUCCUGUUGUAAAUUAUACGAAAGUAGUUCCCUUAUGGUUAUGUGACCGAAUAUUUUUUAAACAACUAAAAGCUUUGUGACACAAUAAAAAUACAUGUGAAAUAUUCCAAAAAUUGGUUUUAUCUAGUUUACAAACGGUAUUUACCUCAUCUAUUUCAUACUUCCCCAAAACAUUCUGAGAUACAGUGAUUUGCAAUCAGAAGUGCAAAGGAUCCAUUCGACGUGCAACCGUUGAACAAUUUAACAAGAAAUGACACCGAAGAGAUGGCUGGCGCUCUUAGUAUUUUAUGUAUCUUAUCUUUUGUUUGGCGCAAGUAUCUAUUAUCAUAUUGAGAGUCAACAAGAAAUUGAACAGAGGGCAGAAGAAUUAGAGGAGAGAAUAGCUAUUAAUGAACUUUUAGUACAACAUCUAACACCACACAAUGAAGCCGUUCAAACGGAAAUCCUAAAUAAAGUCUCAAGUUAUUGUGAUAAACCAGUUACCAACUAUACACUGUCCGAGGAAGAUCAACCACUAACAUGGAGUUUUUAUCAUUCCUUGUUCUUUGCAUUCACCGUAUGUUCAACUGUAGGAUACGGCAACUUAGCCCCAACAACAACUUUAGGGCGAAUGAUUAUGAUCCUGUACUCAUUGAUUGGGAUACCGAUAAAUGGAAUUCUAUUCGCAGGACUUGGAGAUUUUUUCAGCAGAAUAUUCACAGCAAUCUACCAGAGGUAUAAGAAAUACAAAAUGUCACACGAUGCCUUAUAUGUUCCCAUGCAAUUCGGAUUAUUUGCCACAAUAAUUAUUGCACUGGUUCCUGGAAUUACGAUAUUCAUAUUAUUGCCUGCACUCGUUUUCUCCUACUUUGAAGGAUGGCCGUACUUGCUCUCGAUAUAUUAUUCAUAUGUCACUACAACCACUAUUGGAUUUGGAGAUUAUGUUCCAACAUUCCAGCCUGGACAGGCAAAAAAAUUUGGUGUUCAGUUCAUCUUUUAUGAAAUUUUCAUUAUAUUCUGGUUCAUUUUCUCGUUGGGAUAUUUAGUCAUGAUUAUGACCUACAUAACUAAAGGCUUGAGCAGUAAAAAGUUAUCCCGGUUGGAACAGCAACUGUCGAUGAAUAUCAAAGCGACUCAAAAUCGCAUCUGGACCAAUGUAACGAAAGAUGUUGGAUACUUAAGAAGGAUAUUGAAUGAACUAUACAUAAUGAAAUUUAAGCCUGUGUACAAUGAACCAGGUGAUAAAUUCCAAACGGAUCUGCUUAUGAGAAAAUCCGCAUCCUGCCCUGAUCUCACUAUGUAUAGAGUGACUACACCUAUCGUCAAUCGGAAACGAGCAUUCUCUGAAAACUUCGAAUCGGAUGAUGUGAGAGGACCACUUCAAUUCGCAUCCCCAGCUCGUACGUCUUCAGACACAGAUCUUCAAAAGAUCAACAAAGAAAAAACAUUCCGAACGGCUCAAGCGUUUAUGCAAACUACUGAUCUUCUAGCAAAAGUGGUGACUGCAUUGGGUAACAUUCGUCCGCCAGCAGACGAUGUGAGAAGUAUCACGAGCACGAAUACCAUUGGCGGAAUGUACGGCGGAUACCAUGGACUGAGCGACUCUCAGAUUUUGAAUAGCGAAAAGACGUUAUCAGGAUGGUCAUUGCUGUCUUCGGAAAAUUCUACCCCUUACGUUCGCAGACCUCGCGCUGCAUCAGAUUUCUACAUUUCUCCAGAGACUAUGCCAUCUGAUCCCAGUGAAUGGACGUGGAGUGGUGACAACCAUCAUAUUCAGCAAGUGAUCAAUAGAAGAGUUAAGACUGGGAAAAAGGGAGAAGAUCUUUAUCGCGCUUCGUUCCAAGCACCGAGUAAAAAAGAUCGUGCAAUUAUACUCAACGUAAACGAACUAGAAGGCAAGGAUAUUGCGACAGAAUCAAAAGACGCAAAGGAAUCGGAUAAUAAAUCUUUCUUGAAACGAUUGAAACCAUUCAAGAAGCACCUUUCAGAGGAUUUCAUUCGACGAAAGAAAUCUAGUACAACGACUCCAGACGUCGAAGCUCAGAAUUAUUUAGCUGCACGACCUAACCAACGUGGUUCUAUGUUCGAAGCAAGGCGACCGAGCCUCUUCGAUUAUCGACGGCCUAGCCUUUUCUCAGUACCAUCCAAUGAGGAAAUAGACCAGCAAGUACUCGAAACGACAACGAUAGCCGACCUCAUCAGAGCUCUUGAAGUGAUGCACACCGCUGCAGAGCUGCAGCCUGAUCUUCCGCAGGCUCCUCAACAGCCAGAGCCCAGAAGAAAAUUAGGAACAGCCAGUCUUACUCCACCUGACUUACCUCCACUUUUCACACUUUUUUCAAACAACCAGCCGGAAAAACCAACAACCCCCCGGCGUGCUACAAUUUUCGGCAGCUUACCAACUACCUCACCAAAUAAUCUAGCAACAUCAUCCCGAAGGUUGUCCUCACGGCCAUUAGAACCACCUCCAUAUAGCGAGAAAGAAACCCCUAAAUUUAAGAGACGAUUCAGUGUGCGUCCUUCAAAUCUUCAAACUCCUCCAACCGUCACUCCAGCGUCAAGUCCAAGUGCGCAAACAGCAUUACAAAGAAGACUAUCCGUUAGACAAUCCCCAUUAGCGCGAGAAAUGAGCACUGAACCAGCUGGCCAAGGUCUAUUCCAUAGGAAAUCUAGUGCAGGACGUGGUACACCGCCAACAAGCAGUAGCACUGCUACUCAUUCACCUCUUUCCCGAAUAGCCCAACUACAAGCUGCUCGUAAGAGUAGCGUGACUGAUAAACCUCCACAAAAAUGAGGCCUAUAAAUUAAGUUUAGGAAAGUUUCGAAAAGGAAGCUGAAACUUAUGUUGUUUCAUUUAGUUACUACCAUUGUUGAAAGUACAUUAGAAAAAAUGUAGUAAAUAAUGCCGACAAUCACGCACGACUUAUUUUUUGAGUUUGUGUCAGACCUAUAUACCACAAGUAUUAUGUAUAUUGUAAAACGCUGAUAGCAGUUAGUAAGUACCGUAAUUGUUAUAAUAUUAUGAUCAGAAAAUAAAUAUU